AUGGCUGAUGUGACAGUGGACCACAGCGGCGGCUCCAAGCCAUGGAUGUCAGCGUCGACCAAAAUGCAUGCCCACCUACUGCUGUCACUGUUCCUGGGCACAUGCCUGGAGUUCUUUGACUUUGCGGUUUUCGCUCAGCUGGGCAAGUACCUGACGCCCAACUUCUUCCCUCCCGGCAAUGUUUAUGCCGAGCAGCUGUCAUUUUGGGCCACCUAUGCGGUCGCCUUCAUCGUGCGCCCGAUGGGCGCCCUCAUGUUCGGCCACGUGGGCGACAAGAGCAGCCGCAAGACCAGCCUCAUCUGGUCCCUCGCCCUCAUGGCGAUACCCACCACCCUCAUGGGCUGCCUGCCGACAUUCGGCAUGAUCAGCUGGGCCGCGCCAGUGCUGCUGGUGCUGCUGCGGCUGUUCCAGGGCCUCGCCAUCGGCGGGGAGAACGGCACAGCCCUCGUGUGA